CUCAGACCCUCUCCGAAACAGCCACCCUUCCUCUGCUUCCUGCCAUGGCCCUGGGCUUCAUGGUCCUGCUGCUGGUGGUGACGGUGGGGACAGCUGCCAGGGCUCAACCCGUGCUGACCCAGCCGUCCUCCGUGUUGGUGCUGCCCGGGCAGACCGCCCGGCUGUCCUGCACCCUCAGCCCCCAGUACAAUAUCAGCGAGUUCGGCAUCUCCUGGUACCAGCAGCGCCCGGGGCACUCCCUGAGGUAUCUGCUCUACUACAACUCCGAGCGAGAUAAGCACAAGUCUGCCAAGAUUCCUGACCGCUUCUCUGCUACCAAAGACCUCGCCAGCAAUGCCUGCAUCCUCAUGAUCGCAUCCGCCCGCCAUGAAGACAACGGCAACUAUUACUGCUCCCUGUUACGUGCCUUCAACUGGUUUUAGAAAUGGGGAACAAAAGCUUUCUGCGUUUUCCCUUGCAACCCUGACGCACAGCCCUCAACAGGGAGAAUGGCAGGAAUGGAAAAAGACCCCCUUGCAUGCUUGAGCGAGCCCAGCAGUGCCGCGUUGGGCUGCGAGGUGCAGCAACCUCCUCUUCGUCCCCAAACGUCCCCCACGGAGCAUCAGAGAGCCCGGCACGGAGUGAGAGCUGCCAGGGCUCAGCCCAGGAAGGCAGAGGAGCGGGGAUCGCUCGCCGCAGUGGGAGGAUGGAGAGCUCUGCCCUGGCUGGGCUGUCUGGGGCUCUUGCAGUG